UCGCUGAAAGUUAGGCGCGCUGGCAUCAGGUCAGCGGAAUCAAAUAUCUUUUCCCAGUGCAGACGCCAGCAAGUUCUGAGACCGUCGGUCCGGUGAGUUUAUCUGGCAGGUAUAUAAUAGUGAUCCGACUUGGUCCAUCGUUGCGCGAUCUUUGUGCUUUUGGUUUAUCAUUGACAAUGGCCAAAGUCGAGUUGUAUGUCUAUGAUCUCUCAAGAGGCAUGGCCAAGUCCAUGUCUCAGAUGUUGACUGGCAAACAGAUUGACGGGAUAUGGCAUACGUCCGUCGUGGUAUUUGGUAGAGAGAUAUUCUAUGGACAAGGUAUACUUGAAGCUCGACCUGGGACGACACAUCAUGGUCAACCGCUUCAGAGGAUCGAUUGUGGAAUAACUCAUAUUGAUGAACCGACGUUUCAAGAAUACAUUACCUCCUUGCAAGAAAUGUACACUGCCGAGGCAUACCAUCUGAUGGAUCAUAACUGUAACAACUUUACAGCCGAUGUAGUUGGAUUCUUGACCGGAGGGACGAUACCCUCGUGGAUCACGGGUCUUCCAGCCGAGUUCCUCUCUACACCUUUUGGACAAGCUAUGAAACCUCAGAUUGAUGCCAUGUUCAAACGGACAACACCGAACGAACAUCGCCCCGGACCUACUUCCCUGCCCACUCCUCCAGCAUCAGGGUCUAACACUCCCCUGUCCAACUCUCUCCUCAACUCGAUUGCUGCGCAAGCUACUGCCGGACCAUCCACACCAGCUCCUACACCGCCUAAUCCUGAGACGUCUCCUCUGUCUCUCGUAACGAGCUUGACCAAUUUUACCUCUACUCUUCAACAACAUCCCGCGGUCAUUGUAAAUUUCACGAAUACGCCGACUUGUCCACCUUGCCGGAUGAUUAAACCUGUUUACGAGGCUAUCGCCGGGGAGCACGCUGCGACUUAUGGAGCCAAAGGAGCGAGAUUCCUUGAGGUAGAAUUGUCAGUCGGAGAAGGUCAGACAAUAGCUGGGAAGUAUGGGAUCAGAGCUACACCGACGUUUCUCUUCUUCAAGCACGGAAAGAAAGUCGACGAGAUGAAAGGAGCUACGAAACGAGAGCUCGAAAUCAAGGUCGAGGAGUUCCUGGAGAGCGUAUGGCCGAGACAUCCUCACCGCAAAAUAUACCUCUCAGCGAUCGAAGCGAUACCCACUGCCCCAAUCUCAUCAACGACUAUCCCGAAUUACUCUGCCCUUUUAGGGAAGUUGGAGAGCUUUGGAGCGGAUCCAUCCGCCAUGCAGCGAUUGAGGUCCCAAGUAGUUCCAAUACUGGAAGACAAAUUACAACCAUCAGAUCAGGCAUUGAGAGAGAUUCUCAGGUCCUGGAACGAGGAUACUGUCAAAAUGCUCUCAACGCUGAAAUCAGUCGAUACAUUUCCAGUGAUCGAUCUGUGGCGCGUCGCCGUGUCAAAGCAAAGCAUCGCCACGCUACUUGCUUUCGAGCUCGCGAACAAUUCAACAGAGAUAGUCAUCAACCCGCUCUCUCCCAUCUUGUCGCUCGUCUCAAAGGUCUUGAAAGAACAAGGCACGCAAACGCCUAAACCUCUCCUUCUCACCACCCUUCGACUACUGACCAAUGUACUCGCAUCACUCCCGCUCUCCAAUCUGAUCCUAUCUUCCUCUUCUCCGGAGCCGAUCGUGUCCCUACAAUCCGAUCUCAUGUCCAUCACUGUGGAGUCUCUUCUUCACGCCGAGACAACGGUCAGGAGUGCCGGCGCAGGUGUAGCGAUCAAUAUCGCCAGCUGGCGACUCCGAGCUGCUAAAGCGACCUCCACUCAGCCUGAAGAUCGAGCUGAGGAAGGGUGGGAAGUAGAGCUAGUCAGCGGGCUGAUGGAGAGUAUAUCGAGGGAAACGGAUGAAGAUACAAUCCAUCGGCUACUCGCUGCACUUGCCUUGACGCUUUACCUUGCGCCAGGAUACACGGAGACGCUCCAACCGCUUGUCGAGGUCCUCGGCGUGAAAGAUGCCAUAGAGAGCAAGGCCAAGGGGUUGAAGAAGAAAGAAGUGAAGAAGCUUGCAGAGGAGGUAGCGAGUAAGUUGUGUGUGUAGACCAGGCGAGGUAUACGUGGGGACUGUGACUGGAUCAUGGCAUGUUCAUGUAAAGUUGUAACGACUAGGCGUCUCAUUUGAUAUAUAUAUUUUCUGCCUCACUGCCGAUC